CAAAGACCCACCCAAUCCAAAUCCACCCACUGCCAUGUAAUCAUCCUCCGUUGCAGAGGUAGCUUGUCAACUACUCCCUCUCUACCUAAUUUUAAUUUGAUUAUAAUAUUCCCUCCUAUUCUUUCCCAAAAAAAAUUACAAAAUUGCAAUUUUAACACCAUUUGGACCAUUUUGCCCUCCCUUUUAUUUCCCUAUAUAAUGAUUUGACUCCUCUUUAAUUGGGGAUAAUUUGGGCAAAAACUUAAUGGGAAAUGGGAGAAGCUACUGAACUCAAUUUCCCUGAGGUAAUUGGUGGGAUAUUAUCAGAAGAACAAAUGGCAGUUUUGUAUGAGACUAUGAAGAGUGUUGUUGUUCGUGUAGAAGUUUAUUCACACGAAUAUUCAUCUUUUGACUGCGAAGGAGCAGGCGUUUUUGUUUCAUCUCGACAUAUUUUAACCUUGUCUACCCUACUUAAUGAUGACAAAAAGGCCCAAGUGUUGGUGAAAACUCAAAAUGACACUGAGAUUGGAUGCCGUGUAAGCUAUCUUGAUGCAAAAAUGGGCUUAGCCAUUCUUGAGAUCGAAAACUCAAGUUCAAGUCAACAUUUUCCUUUUGCUAAGAUUUCUGGUAAAAAGCUCAAGAUUGGUGCCCAAGUUUAUUGCAUUGGGCAUCCAGGAUACUUGGAUUAUUCUUUUCCAGUUGGACAUAUUUCAUAUCCAUGUCUAACAUAUGGUGAGUUUAAGAAAUCGAUGGGAAAAGAUCAGAAAGUGUCUAUUGAAGAGAUAACCAUGGAUCCAAGUGCUAUGUUUAUAUGUUAUGUUCCAGAAGUGGAUGAUCUUAGUCUUAAAAGCUCAGUAAAGUUGGUGCAACUCAACAAUGUGCACGGGGAUGGUCUUGCUGGUGCAAGAGGAAUGCCUGUGUUUAAUUCCUUGGGUCAUAUUAUUGGCCUGUACCUAUUUGAGUCUAGAGAUCAAUGUUACCCCAUACAUGCAAAGACAUUGAGGGCCUUUAUUAGGAGAUCCAAGACUUUGAGGCACCACAAGGCUAGGUCGAAGUGAAGGGUUAUGCACCGAUCGAUCUUUGAGAAUACUUAGAAUGGAAUGGAGCACAACGGGCUUGUUCAUGUGUCUUUUGGAUGACUCACUUAACUGCAAACAUUGGUGCCUUAUCUCUUAUGGAAUUAAGGUCUUAUUUUUUC